CUUGUGUGUAAUGUAUCCCUCGAAAGUCAUGUGGAUAAAAUUAGGUGAAGAAUUUUAAUCGAAAUGGGGAGAUGUGUUUCCCGUGUUCCCCGUCACCACCUGAUCCUGCUGUUCCUGUUCCUAUCAGAGAUCUUCAGCUCUGCUGGUGAAUCUUCAGUUCAGGAUCUGAUCGGUGCUGUAGGAGACUCUGUUACAUUCCCCAUCAGUGUCCCUGUUUCUGGCAGUAUAAUUUAUAACGGUAACACAGUUGGACUGGUGUUUAAUAAACAGAGUGACACAGAGCUGAGUGAGAAGUUUGUGAAUCGUCUUCAGUGGGUCAGUCAGAGUGGGUUCUUCACUUUCUCAGACCUGAGAACAGAUGAUUCAGGACUUUACACAGUGGAGAGCACUAAAGAGCAGAAGGGAAAACAGGAUUAUCAGUUGGAGGUGUACGAGAGAGUUUCAGCUCCUCAGGUGAUGAACUCAGCCUCCAGUUCUUCAGAGUUCUGUUCAUUCCUGUGUUCUGUGAGGAACGUCAGAGGACUGAAGCUGUCUUUAUAUGAAGAUGGUGUUUUAUUAAACCAGACCAGCAGCAACACAUCCGACAUCACACUGAAUCUUCAUCUAGAAAUAAAGAAGAUGAACAAUUACAGAGAGAGAACCUUCAGCUGUGUGGCUUCCAACCCAGUCAGUAACAAGACAACCUCAAUAAACAUCACACACUACUGCUCUCUGAACACAGGAGCUGAUGUUGGUCCUCCUCAGAGCAGUGUGUCUGUUACUGUCAUAUGCACUGUGCUGUUAGCAGGGGCAGUAAUGACCAUGUGUGUAUGUCUGUGGAAAAGGAAACUAAAUAAAACCAGUCACUGUAUAGAAAGCAGGAAAGGAGACAUGGUUGAGUCUGUGAUGACAUCAGCAGUUUAUCAUCCAGUUCAUGUGCAGUGACGGAAUAAUAUCGGAAUAGAAAUGAGCAGAACUGAAAGCUGCUAAUUAGAUCCUAAUCAGACCAAUAAGACAAACUUUUAUCUGAAGACAGUUUGUUGGUCUUUUUUCUUACAUA